UAAGGCGUGUGUUUGCCGUACUGCUUCCGGUCGGCUCUCAGCCCUCGCGUGGCGCCGGAGUGUGUAGCUAUGGCGCCUCGCGUGUUUCGCCGACAGACCCUAGAACGGUGUCUGAGGGAAAUCAGGAAAGCCACCAACCGACCCGAGUGUUUCCUCACAAUUCAAAAUGGACUAGCAUCAAACUUCACGUCUUUAACAAAAGUUCUGUAUGAUUUUAAUAAAGUAUUAGAGUAUGGCCGAAUCUCUGGAAGUCCUUUACAGAAACUUGAGAUAAACAGGUUUGAUGAUGAGCAGAUUUGGCAACAACUAGAAUUGCAAAAUGAACCAGUCUUACAAUACUUCCAGAAUGCAGUUAGUGAGACAAUUGAGGAUGAAGAUAUCAGUCUUCUCCCAGAAUGUGAAGAUGAGGAGUGCGAAGAGGAUGCCUCAGAGGUGGAGGCUGACAACCAGGAGAACCUAGAGACAGACUUGGAGGUAGAACAACUGUCAGACAAGGGUGGUGAUGUUCCUAAAGGGAGGGACAGAGCCAAAAGCUCAAGGAAAUCUGACUCAAGGAAAAGUCCUGUUUUCAGCGAUGACGAUUCUGACCUUGACUUUGAUAUUAGCAAAUUGGAGCAGCAGACCAAGAUGCAAACCAAGCCACCUGAAAAACCAAGAGAAAAGUCUGUAGUAGAUGAUAAGUUCUUCAAACUGUCUGAAAUGGAGAGCUUCUUAGAAAAAGUAGAAAAAGAAGAGGAAAAAAGACCAGAUGGUGAAGAGGAGGAUGAGGAAGACAUUGACCUUUUUGAAGACAUUGAUUCAGAUGAAAGCGAGGGAGGGCUGUUUGGGCGGCAGAAGAUUAAGUCAAGUAAAAGUAGCAGAAAUCUGAAAUACAAAGACUUCUUUGAUCCAGUUGAAAGUGACGAAGACAUAACUGGGGUUGAUGGAGACAUAACUGUGGUUGAUGGAGAGCUGGGCUCAGAAGAAGAGGAAGAAGAAGAGGAAGGGUUCGCUGAAGAAGCGGAAGGAAGCAUCUCUGACACGGAUGAAGAUAAUGACUUGGAAGAAGAUGAGAAUAGUGAUCAACAUAAAGAAGGCUUGAAAAGAGUGACAUUUGCUGUGCCAGAUGAUGAGGCUGAAGAUACAAGUCCCUUAGCUGUAAAGCAAGAAUCUGAUGAAGUUAAAUCCUCUUUUGAAAAAAGACAGGAGAAGAUGAAUGAAAAAAUCGCAUCUUUGGAAAAAGAGUUACUGGAUAAAAAGCCUUGGCAGCUCCAAGGGGAGGUGACAGCUCAGAAGCGGCCAGAGAACAGCCUGCUGGAAGAGACCCUGCACUUUGACCAUGCAGUCAGGAUGGCCCCUGUAAUCACAGAGGAGACCACCCUCCAUCUAGAAGAUAUCAUUAAACAGAGGAUACGAGAUCAGGCUUGGGAUGAUGUAGAACGAAAAGAAAAACCUAAAGAGGAUGCGUAUGAAUAUAAAAAGCGUUUAACAUUAGACCAUGAGAAGAGUAAGCUAAGUCUUGCUGAGAUUUACGAGCAGGAAUAUCUCAAACUCAACCAGCAAAAAACUGAAGAAGAAGACAAUCCAGAACAUGUAGAAAUUCAGAAGAUGAUGGAUUCUCUCUUCCUAAAAUUGGAUGCCCUGUCAAACUUCCACUUCAUUCCCAAACCGCCUGUACCUGAAAUUAAAGUUGUAUCGAAUCUGCCAGCCAUAACCAUGGAGGAAGUGGCCCCAGUGAGUGUCAGUGAUGCAGCCCUCCUGGCCCCAGAGGAAAUCAAGGAGAAAAAUAAAGCUGGAGAUCUAAAAACAGCUGCUGAGAAAACAGCUACAGACAAGAAACGAGAACGAAGGAAAAAGAAAUAUCAGAAGCGUUUGAAAAUAAAAGAGAAGGAGAAGCGAAGAAAAUUGCUUGAAAAGAACAACCCAGAUCAGUCUAAGUCCAGCAGAGCAGCAGCUUCAGAGAAGCUCAAACAGUUGACCAAAACGGGCAGGGUGUCCUUGUUAAAGGAUGAACGAAAAGAUAAGCCCUUAAAGUCAUCUCAGGCAUUCUUUUCUAAAUUGCAAGAUCAAGUAAAAAUGCAGAUUAGUGAUGCAAAACAGCCUGCAAAGAUAAAGAAGAAAAAACAGGACAUUUCUGUUCAUAAAUUAAAGCUGUAAUAUAUUUAAAUUUAAUGUAUAAAUCUGUAAGUUUCUGUCAUUAUGUUUUAUAAUAAAAUUCCUGGGCCCUCUCUUA